UUGCGAGCAGCCACCAAAAUCGUGAGCGCUGUGGAAAUUCCCCGACGUCGUGAUCCCUUUCGAUUGCGGUGUUUGCCUAACUAGCCGAGUGGCGCCAGUACCCAGUUUUCGGAUUUGACAGUAUCUGGGGGCGUGAGUGGGUAAUGGUUUUGCUUUUGUUUUUCUGUGUGCAGGUUCGUUGUGGUGAGUUGAGGAUUUCCCCUCAGGAUUCAGCGAUUGUGCUUGGAGCAGUUACCCCUGCAUGAUCCCUUUUUUUGGGGGGUGCGCUUGUCGCGUCAGGGAUCUACCGCGACGGUGGGUGGGUAGGUGGGUAGAUCUGUCAGUGAGUCGCCAAAGGAAUUGAAUUCGCUUCUGAGGCUGAAACGACGUAUGCUUGAGUCUCAUACUCUUUCUCCAACCUCCUCGUCACCAUCACUGAUUUUUUUUUCGUGACAAGGUAGUCAUCGGUGUGUUUGCAACAACAGUUUGCCAGUAAGAGAGCUAGAAUUCACGCUGACACCUUCGUACUGCAAAUGUAUUUUGAAUCCCGCCAAUUUUUCCAUUUAGUCCAGAUACUUGCUGAGUGGCUCAGCCUUUUUUAGUGCUGGUUGAGGAUUUGUUGCCAUUGGGGAUUUUCAGAAUGGAUCUGAAUACAAUUAUUGCCCUUGGUGAAUCUAUCCUGAGUCUUUCGGAAGUGUGGGUACGCGAUGCAAGACAGGUCUGUGAAUGUUGCUGAUGACGUUUCCCCGGAUGUGCGAGCGUGAGUGAAGAACUACGGGCUCUGGCGCGCCAGCAGCGGAAUUUGGCCCUGAUAUGACCAGCUUCUAGGCUUGCAAAUGAUAAAUGUCAAGGAUGUCCAAGAUUAGGGUUCUUCACAUUGAGCCUGAACUUUUCUUUCAUUUCCAGUUCAGUGAGUCCAAUGUGAAGUCAGACAGACACAUUUAACUCGAGAAGAAUUUAGAGAUUGAUACAGUCGCAAAGGUGGAGCUAGGGUGAGUAGGAGAUGGGGACAUUGACUCUGCCACCCUGUUUCAAUUUACAAGAGGAUUGCAAAGAGCUUCGAAGUUCACUCAAAGGUCUCGGAUCCAAUGAGAAGAAAGUUAUUGAAAUUUUAGGAAGGAGAACGCAGGCGCAGCGACUUGAAAUUGCACAGGCUUAUCAGACAGUGUAUGGGGAGAGCUUGCAUAAGCGACUUAAGUCAGCAUUUAGUGGCAAGCUUGAGAAAUGUAUACUGCUGUGGAUGAUGGACUCGGCUGAGCGUGAUGCAAUACUUAUGCACGAAUUGAUGAAAGUUGGUGGCACAAAGGCCGAUCGUUCUCUGAUUGGGUUAGUCUGUACACGGAAUUCAGCACAACUCUACUUGAUCAAGCAAGCGUAUUAUACCAUGUUCAAUCAAACUAUAGAAAACCACAUGGACGGAACGGAUUCACAUUUCGUGGAGUUUCAGAAGAGCAAAUGGGCAUUUUGGCGUAGUAGUGAAUCUAAGGUGAAGGAAGCACCCAAACGACUAGUUAGUGUUACAAAGCUCCUGUUAGCGCUGGUUCGUGGUAAUCGGCCCGAGAACACACCCGUUGAUAGGCACAUUGCUUUAAAUGAUGCACAUCAACUCCAUAAGGUGGUUAUAGGAAAAGGAGGUAAUGAGGAUACUUUGGUCCGCAUACUUUGCACUCGGAGCAUACAACAGCUUACGGCCACAUUCAAUUACUACCAUCAGCAUUACGGUCGCGAACUUGAGCAGUCUCUUACACGGGGGGGAUGUGGAGAAUUCGAACAAGCACUUCGAUACACUGUGAUGUGUUACCGCCAACCGGCAAAAUUUUAUGCGGAGGAACUAAAUGCUGCACUAGGAGGAGCAGGAACGGACGAUGAUGCGUUGAUUCGAGUAGUAACAACUCGUGCUGAGGUGGAUAUGCAAUAUAUCAAGUUGGAGUUUGCGAAUGAAAGUAAGAAAAAACUAGAAGAUAUGAUUGCCAAUGAAACAAGUGGAAACUACCGGUACUUCCUUCUCACCCUUGUCGGACCUGGAGACCUCGGUAUGUUCAGCCCCAGGACUUCUAAUGGCUCAAUGUCCUUCUACAGUCCCAGAACAUCCAAUGGUUCCGCAUCUCUUCAGCAAUCUGCAGGCUCACAAAAUGGUUCAGCCUCAUACUACAGUCCAAGAUCGAGUGGCCAAGGAUCGUUUCAAAUGUAACUCAGUCAACAGAUUUAACCCUUUUCCUUAGGAACAGGUGUGAAGCAUGAGAUUUAGAUUCAUGUUUGAAGUUUAGUUGAAGUAGUCCCGUUCAAAUGUUUUCCUCUGGACCGGUUUACCUUGCGCGUGUGACUCCACUGUACAGAGAGAAUAAUAUAUCCAGAGUUGUACAUUGGCAUUCUGCUCUCCUCUAUGUUCAUUGUAUGCGCAAUCUAUAAAAGAUUUGAAGACAUAGUUUAUUGCAGAA